GGCUGGCUCGGUUGCGUGGCGGGACUCGGGGUUCGGACGGAGGAGGCGUCGGCGGCGGAAAAUGGCGCUGACUCAGGGGACCAAGCGGAAAGUCUGCUACUACUAUGAUGGCGACAUUGGAAACUAUUAUUAUGGUCAAGGUCACCCUAUGAAGCCACACAGGAUCAGGAUGACUCACAACCUUCUUCUGAACUACGGCCUGUACAGAAAAAUGGAAAUCUAUCGACCUUACAAAGCUAGCGCUGAAGAAAUGACCAAAUACCACAGCGACGACUACAUCAAAUUUCUGCGGUCAAUUCGUCCAGAUAACAUGUCUGAAUACAGCAAGCAGAUGCAACGAUUCAACGUUGGAGAAGAUUGCCCUGUGUUUGAUGGCUUGUUUGAGUUUUGCCAGCUUUCUACAGGAGGCUCUGUGGCCAGUGCAGUGAAGCUGAACAAGCAGCAGACGGACAUUGCUGUGAACUGGGCGGGAGGCCUGCACCACGCCAAGAAGUCGGAAGCCUCGGGCUUCUGUUACGUCAACGACAUCGUCCUGGCCAUCUUGGAGUUGCUGAAGUACCACCAGAGAGUGUUGUAUGUCGACAUAGACAUUCACCAUGGCGAUGGUGUGGAGGAGGCUUUCUACACCACGGACCGUGUCAUGACGGCGUCAUUUCAUAAGUAUGGCGAAUACUUCCCAGGAACAGGGGACCUGCGGGAUAUUGGUGCAGGCAAAGGAAAAUACUAUGCAGUCAACUAUCCACUUCGGGAUGGGAUUGACGACGAGUCCUAUGAAGCCAUCUUCAAACCAGUGAUGUCCAAAGUCAUGGAGACCUUCCAGCCCAGCGCUGUCGCGUUGCAGUGCGGCUCCGAUUCCUUGUCAGGGGACAGGUUGGGUUGCUUUAAUCUGACCAUUAAAGGCCAUGCCAAGUGCGUCGAAUUCAUCAAGAGCUUUAAUUUGCCGAUGCUGAUGCUUGGAGGCGGUGGCUACACAAUCCGCAACGUGGCCCGGUGCUGGACAUACGAGACUGCAGUUGCACUAAAUACGGAGAUCCCAAAUGAGCUGCCAUACAAUGAUUACUUUGAAUACUUUGGACCAGACUUCAAGCUCCACAUUAGCCCUUCCAACAUGACUAACCAAAACACCAAUGAAUAUCUGGAGAAGAUCAAGCAGCGUCUCUUCGAGAACCUGCGGAUGCUUCCUCAUGCUCCGGGAGUCCAAAUGCAGCCGAUCCCAGAGGAUGCCGUGCCAGAGGACAGUGGCGACGAAGAUGAAGAAGAUCCUGACAAGCGCAUCUCGAUCCGCUCGUCAGACAAGAGAAUAGCUUGCGAUGAGGAAUUCUCUGAUUCUGAGGAUGAAGGGGAAGGUGGGCGCAAAAAUGCUGCCAAUUUCAAGAAGGCCAAACGGGCAAAAACAGAAGAAGAGGAGAAGGAGGAAGAGAAAGAGAAGAAAGAAGUAAAAGAAGAAGAGAAGGCAAAAGAGGACACAGCGGAGCCCAAAGGGGUAAAGGAGGAAACAAAAUCAACCUAAGGAGCUGGCAAUGCUUGGCCCCUGGUUCCCUGGCUUGAUCUCUCUGAUAACCUCUUAUUCCAGAAGAUUUUUAUUUUAUGUUUCUGUAGAUACUUCUAUAUAAAUAUAUUGGGGACAAGAGGCCCAGCUGGAAUUCCUUCCUGCCAUUUCCUGGCUGAGCGGCAGGAAGCAUUCUGCUCGGGCCACAGUCCUGGUUGGUCUUCGGUGCAGGCUGAGUGGUGCCCCAUCUCACGCUCCUGCUGCUGCCUCAUUGGGGACAAGUGUGUUUGUUUUCUUUCCUCCUUUAAAAUGGUCUCCCAUGCACUUCCUCUUCUUCGGAAGCAAGGACUUCCCUUUGCAGAAUUCUGUGCUCUGGGGGGUUGUCUUUGUCUUUCCCUUUUCCUUUUCCUUAAAUAGUUCCUUGCGGUAUGGAUACAGCCAUAAAACGUUGGGAGAGCUGAUGCGGGAGGGUGGAGCUUGGAGAUCCAAACGAUCACACCCAGGAAAGAAUCUGCUCUGUUCCAGGUUACCACAAAGGGAUGCUGCUUUCUGGCACCCCAAAGCACAAUUGACAAGCGGAAGAUCUCUUCACGCCCAUUCAGGGAUUUAAACUGUUGCUGUGUCCUAGGGAGGGAGUGGACCUUCCGGGUGAGGGGGAAGUGUUGCUGGGGGCGCUCAUAAAAGUGAAGUCUCCCGGUCACAAUACACCUUUUCUCCGUAGAGGUGAGCACAGGAGCAAACGUGAGCCGGCUCGGGUUCAGCUCCGUGAGUAUCAGCUCCCUAAGCAGCCUUUCCCUCACCAUCGGCGCAAGAGCCCUUGGCUGGUGCAUGCAGCAAACUGGCAAAAGAGGUGACGCUUCAGAAGUGCAUCUUUGGAAAAGGCCUAACAAACAUUGCCAUGUUAUUUUAUACUUCAGAACAGGGUUAAGGGACAGUUUUGACUAAUGAGCUGGAGGGCGGGGUAGAGAGUCCCACUGUGAGGUUGGUCCCAGCGAUGCUGCUAACUUAGCCAUGUCACUCUUGGGGAGGGGGAGGGAAAAGCUUAUUAUUUUUUUAAGCCUUUGGCAAGUUCCGUGCAGCUCUUCCUGCUCUUUGAUACUUGUACUGGUGAAAUUAAAGAUCAUUGUAUUUGUGUGUUUUAGGGGUGGGACAGGGAAGAUAAAUAUAUUGUGUUUUUUUUAAAGAAAGAUAACUUUUUAUUUUCUUUUUUUGGAGAAAAAAAAUCUUUGUAAUAAAAUGGUCUGUUUCUCUGUU